AUGUAUGCCUGCCCGCCUAUGCCUCCUGUACCCUGCCCACCGGAAUGUCCACCCUCGAAACCGAAAUACGAUCCUUCUGCAAGAUAUUACCGAGAAAUUGGGACUGCGGUGAUUGGAAAUCAUUUGAUAAUUCGUAUGGAAAGAGAAAAGGGAAAAUCGAAGAAGUUGAAAGGUUGGGAUCCUCCGUGCGAUUGCGACGUGAUAGAAAUACAGAGACCGACGAGCACCCAAGGGCCGAAAAUAUUGAAGGGGACUGACAACAAUCGGAUCCUGUUCCGUGUCGAGUCGAAGAACGCUGCCGCGAAAAUAGACGAGGAAGAUACCAAGCCUCAAGCCAUUUCUUACGAGGUUGGCCAAUGUAGGGGUGGUCCAAAUACGAAUAAUCAGUGCAGAACGUUCACUAUUUACCCCGUUCUCGAUGGUUCCGAUGCCCAGGAAGUCCAUACGGAUCGCGUGACCGAAGGAAACGAGAACGUGUUCAUGUUAAAAGUGAAAAAGAAGGGUAUUUCUGUUGAUGAACCGAGAAGAAACGUAGAACUCGAGUUGAGAACGCCUAAACCACCGACACCACCGGCACCACCUCCGGAAGAACCGAUACUGAAACAUCAACAACCGACCCGAAACCUUGAUUUUACGCAAAACGAAAAUGAUACAGCGAAGACGAUGUCAAAAACGAAAUUAAGAAAAACUAAAAAACGGGGGAAGAUGGGAAAAAAAUAA